GAAAAGAAAAAAAAAAACUUUGAUUAUAUACACGUCUCUCUCUCUCUCUCACAGAAAAAAAUGAAAAAAGAAGCAUUAGUUCCCAAACUCACAUCUGAAUUGCCUCCGUUUACACUAAAAGACCAUCCGAAGUUUGUCGUCUUAGUGGUCAUCUUGUUCUGUAUCGCUUUCUUCAUUGCUAUGACCUUUUGCGGGUAUGAACAAGAUAAAGAAAAAGAAAACUAUGUCCCAAAUAUUACAAUACCUUCUAUGGAUUUCACGGUCCUUAAUAUAACCGAGACUCAUCUUAGUGUAAAAUGGGAUUUAUUGUUAAGGAUCCCUAGAGAUCUUCCUGGUUGGUAUAUGUGUCUCAAAGGAGAUUUUCAGCUUUCCAUAAUAUACAGAGGUGUUACCAUUGCUACUUCAUCCAUAGAGAGUUACAGUCUGAUACCACGGUGGGCUCAGCUGAUUAGGGUUUCAUCGAUUGCUUCUGAAGGAGACAUGGAGGGUGUGAUUAUAAAAGAUAUUAUGAAGGAUAUCAAGGAAAAAGGUGAAAUAAGGUUCCGAUCGCGAUUGCUUCUUCCGGAUUGUAGAUAUGGGACAAGUGGAAAGAUGAACUAUGCGUGUGAUGAAGCCAUGUUAAGGUUCGAGCCUGGCUCUCAAAGGAAUGCAACUUUGUUUGGAGACCACCCUAUUUGCCGCUAUCUUCGCUAAGUACUUUUCAUCAAUAGUUUGUUCUUUAGUUUGUCAAAUGAUGGACUUUCUAAAUUCUUUUGCGUUUUGAUAUGGACUUGCUUUACCUAAAUUAAAUUCCUAUAAAUUAAUUAAUGGAAUAUAUUUCUUCUAGAUGUUAAGUGUUGAACAUUCUUAAUUCUCUCUCUUUACGAACAAUAGAUAUGUUCUAGAGCAAUAUCAUGGAGUUGUACGUGGUGUUAUGAUGAUUUCUACACGAGGCAUUUAUCCUUGACGGACAAGUUGCAAUUAUUUUCCUCCAUGAUAUUCAAUUUUUGGGAUGGUAUUUUCAUUCUCCACAAAUGUUGCAUCUAUGAGAUCAAUAUGCAUGCAAGAUCUCUAAUUAAUGGUGUGGUGCAUGGUCUGCCCUCCCAAAGGUGGAUCUUUAUCUUUUGUGUUGUGAUAGUAAAUUUGUAUAUAUAUAUCUAGUGUUUAAAAAUUUGCUAAGCAUGGGGUGAUCCAAUACCUACCUAUUAAAAACGUUUAAUCCGAACAUAGCUACACACGGACCGAAUGUUCUUUUUUGGAGUUUUUUAUAAUUUUAUUAAGAUUUUGGGACAUUUAGAUCUCUUUAAAUUAAUAUUUACUAAAUUAAAGAGAGUAGUUAAGAUCCUUACCAAUAAACGAGAGAGAUGUUAAGAUCCGUCUCAUCAAAAAAAGAGAAAGAUUUUAAGAUCCAAGUCAGGUCACUUUUUUCUUUGGUAUUAAUCUCACAACUCAAUUCUCAACUCAACUCAGGUCACCAAGAUUUAACACUUAUAAUUUUACACUUUGUUUUCUUAAUCAUUAUAUACUAUCCUAAGCAUAUAUAUGAAUCUUUCACCAUAAGUUAUACCAUUUAUAUAUGCUAAUAUUUUCUAAAUAAACCUUACAAAUUUGUUGGCGCUAACAACCAUUGUUUAAUUUUGCUUGGGGUGGCUCUAGUUAUAUUAUAUAGACCUUAAUUUUGCAGGAGGUAUGUAACACCUCAUAUUGCUUCAGCUUAGCAAUUCAUAUAUAGCCAAGACGUGUGGACUUCUCACCCAAAGUUUCCUAGUUUAAAUGUGAAUGCCUCUAAACAAAAGUUCUUGCUUUCGAUGUCUAAACUUAGAUGUGUUACCGAAUAAAGCCAGAUUUACCUCCUUUGACCUUACUAUAUAGCCAGCUCGCUGCCUCCGCAACUCUCAAAAUGACACUCGCGAUCAUAUUAGUUGUUUCCAACAAAUUGAAAAAUAAAACAUUUCACUCAAACAAAAAAAGAUCUAAACAGCCGAAAAAACAAGUCCAAUAUCAAAAUCUGUUAUAGCAAAAAAAAAGAAGGUAGAGUAUUUUGGUAAGAAAGAACUCUAAA